AUGAGCACUCCAAGCAACAACAGCAGCAGCAGCAGCCUCAACAGCAGCAACAGCAGCAUUCCCAGCAUCCCCAGCAACAGCAGCAUCAGCAGCAGCAACAGCAGCAGCAGCAGCAGCAGUUUUGUAACAAUACUUUUAUCUGUGCUGCUGCCUUUUGCUGCUGGAUUUGCUGCUAGCAGUCUGUCUCCUAAUGUGUCUAUCUUGUCUUUCUUUCCUGCUUCUGCUUAUCAAGGUGUUCCUGGCUUUGCUGCUGCUGCUGCAUCUCCAUCUGCAGAUGCUGCAGCAUCAGCAGCAGCAACAGCAGCAGCAGCAGCAGUAGCAGCAAGCCCCGAGUGUGGAUAUUUUAUAUCUUUUGCUGCUGUCUACGAGAAGCAAGCAGCAGCAGCAGCAAAGACUCUAGCCUCUGCUGCAGCAGCAGCAGCUACUUCGCUGCUGCAGCAAGAGACAGGCGGAAGAACGGAGACACGUGGGGCCCCUGCAGCAGCAGCAAAUACUACUAGGAGAGAAGAACAACAAACAGCAGCAGCAGCAGCAGCAGCAGCAGCAGCAGGAGACAGCAGCCUCUUAGCUGUCUUGCAAAGGCUUCUAUUGUCUCCAAAAGAAGUAAAAAGGAGACAGCAGCUGCAACUCGGAAAUGAAGAACUCAUCUACGGUGUCUAUAUGCUCUCGCAUGGAGAGCAGCAAAUAGCAGCAGCAGUAAACAGAGACAGUUUUAUACGCAAUCAUAGACAAACCCUCUGUCUCCGUCGAAGCAAACUAUCUCCAGCAGCAGCAGCAGCAGCAGCAGCAGCAGCAGCAGAUGGAGCAGCAGCAGCAGAAGAAGAUGAAGAACCUUCCUUCGUGCUGCAGCGAAUACCUGCACAUGAUCUUGUGCCUGGGGAUUUGCUGCUGCUGCAGGAAGGAGACACCGUUGCUGCUGAUUUGCUGCUGCUGCACGGGGCUGUCUCUGUCGAUGAGGCUCAGCUAACAGGAGAGACACAACCUGUCCUCAAGGUCUCAGCAGCAGCAGCAGCAGCAGCAGCAGCAGCAGCACGAGGAGCAGCAGAAGCACCCGCAGCAGCAGCAGCAGCAGCAGCAGCAAAAUGGGAGGGGAGCAGCAGAGACUUGCAGCAAGAAGCAAAGCCGACUGUUGAUGCUCUGUCUCUUUCAGAUGAAUAUUUGAGGUGUAUAUACAGCGACUCUCGAAUUCUCUACUGCAGCAACAGCAGCAGCAUAGAAGCAGAGAUGUUGGUAGAGGGAGAAGACAGUUCUUUGCAGCAGCAGCAGCAGCAGCAGCAGGGGGUGCAGCUGCUGACAUCGAAGGAGGUAGAGCAGCCUACAGAGCUGCUGCUGCAGCAGGGUUGCUGCUGGGGCCUUGUGGUUAGAAGAGGAGAGGAGACACAUCGAUCUCAGCUGCUGCAGCAGCUGCAGCAGGAGCCUUUGCUUCGUUUUAAAUAUGAUAUUCAUUUUCCUUUUGUGCUGCUGCUAGUGACUGUCUUUGCUCUUAUUUUAAUCGUAAUUCAAACACCGUUUACACGAUCUGCUGCUGAUGCUUUUCGGUUUGGUGUAGAGAAGCUGCUGCGUAUGCUUCCGCUGUAUCUCCCAGCUCUGUGGGGUCUCUGCUGCAGCCUCAACGCCCGCCGUCUCCCCAGCAGCAGCAGCAGCAGCAGCAGCAGCAGCAGCAGCAGCGGGAGGAGGGUAGGGGAUAAGGGGGCGUAUCGUGCUGCUGCAGUGAUCCCCGGUUUGCUGCCUCUAGCAGCAAAAGUACACGUUGCAUGUCUUGAUAAGACAGGCACAUUAACUAGCAGCGAGAUGUCUUUGUUUGGUGUACAUCCGGUGAUAAAUUCUUCAUUUGUAGAUUUAAUUAGCAACAACAGAAGAAAAGAAGAAGAAGCAAACGAUAGACAAAGACGAGACAACGAAGGAGACAUCAGAAGCAGCACUUCCGCUGCUAUACCCGUUCAUGCAGACACAGAAACAAACCCCACAACAACGGGAUCGGGAUCGGGAUCGGGAUCGAUGAGCUUAGUGCUGCGGCAGUGCCUUGCGUGCUGCAGUUCGCUGCAUUAUACAGCCCAUGGCGUUGCUGAGUGGGUGAGACAGCAGCAGCAGCAGCAGCAGCAGCAGCAAGUAGGUGAAGGGGUUUAUACAGGCGAGGAGCUGCUGGCAAUAUCACAGGCAGCAGCAGCAGCAGGAGGAGCAGCAGCAGCAGCAGCAGGGCCGUCUUAUACUGCAGCAGAUAUUAAAGGCGCAUGCAUCGACAGAGAGUCUCUUUACUGCAGCGGUUAUCAACUAGUUGAAGUCCCUGCUGCUGUUCUUUCUGAACGAGAAGACAAGCAGCAGCAGCAGCAGCAGCAGCUUCUUAGAGCAUCAACCACUUGGGCUGCCCAACAGCAGCAGCAACGCAAGACGAGACAAUUCCUAGUCCCCACAAAAGAGAUGCAGCAGCAAGUGAUGCAGCAGCAGCAGCAGGAGCAGAAGGGGGAUGGUGCAGCAGCUGCUGCUAGUAUGUUAGAGAUUGUGGGGUCAUAUAGCUUAAAGCAAGACGGCGGGAUAAUGAGUGUGGUUGCGGUGGAGUGUACAGACACCGGAAGAGGGACUCGGGGGCCUAAUAAAGGAUUUGUUUUUUCUAGAGGGAAGUAUGAAGACGUGAUGAAAAUAUCAAGAAAGGAGACAACACCAAAUGUUUAUUUAAAGACAGCUGAAACGCAUGCAAGACAAGGCCUUUAUGUUAUUGGGAUCGCAUAUAGAGAAUUAACCCAAGAGGAGCUCUCAUUGAUAAGUGGGACCGAUGGGAUCGGUGGGGUCGGUGGGAUCGGUGGGAUCGGUGGGAUCGGUCGUCUCCCUCGCUCCCAAGUGGAGCAAAAUAUGUGCUGUCUCGGGUUGCUGCUGUUUAAUAAUGAAGUUCGGUGCGAUGCUGCAGAGACAGUAGCAGCAUUAACAGAGGGAGGCAUUCGCUGUGUUAUGAUAACUGGAGACAGUCCGUACACUGCAGUGGCUGUGGGGAGACAAGCAGGGCUUUUUCGAUCCCGAUCCCGAUCCCGAUCCCCACAGGGACACAUGGAAGAUGAGGGUGAAGAGACAGACACCGAAGCAGAAAGAACGACGCCGCGGGGAACUGCAGCAACAGCAGCAGCAGCAACAGCAGCAGCAGCAGCAGCAGCAGCAGCACCGGUGCUGCUGGGGAGCCUUACAUCUGAGGGAGAAGGUAGAGAAGCGGAUGGCUUGCUGCUUGCUGCUGCUGAUCUUCAUUCUGUUCAAUGGAGCAACAUGGAGACAGGCGAAAUAAUCGAUCCCUUUCGGGUGUAUAGAUCGGAAGAAUUUAAACAUUUGGCGGUAACUUUUGCUGCUGCACAAGUCCUCAUGAAGACCCCACACUUCGAUCCCGAUCCCGAUCCCGAUCCCGAUCCCGAAAGGACUCUUCUUUUGCAAGAAAAACAUUCUCAGGCAUCUACAUCUUCUUCAUUUUCAUCUUUUUCUUCGUUGUUUGAUUAUUUGCUGCUCCGUAUUGCGUUGUUCUCUCGUGUGUCUCCGAUAGGAAAGAAGCUGCUGCUGCUGCAGUAUCAGCAGCAAGGCCUUAUAACAUUAAUGGCUGGAGACAGCAGCAACGACGCUCUGGCGUUGCAGCAAGCAGAUGUUGGAGUUAGUGUGGGGCAGCUGCAGCAGCAGCAUAAUCCUUUAGCAAUCCCUUUUGCUGUUAUUGCACAGUCAGCUCCGCUGCUGCUGAGAAGAGACAGCAAAAGAGACAGGAGGAGACAACACCCCACAGAAGGAGACAGCUUCUUACCGCGUUCUUCAACGGAGACACAUACACAUUUAGAAGCGGGAAAACAACAGAAAGGAGACAAAAUAGAAAUAGGAGAGAAAUCAAUAGACUUAGAGACGUCAGCAUGCUUGAAGGGUCUUGUAGAUAUUAUAAAUGUCGGUCGCUGCAGCCUAAUUACAGCAAUGACAAUAUAUAAAUUGCAUAUAUCUUACGGUGUAUUGGCGGCUAUAGCUAGUUUGCUGCUAGUUAUGCUGCAGUAUAGUGGGGUUAAUGUCUAUGCUGGCCUCUUCUUAGAUCUUGUUUGUCUCCUCGGUUUAUCUGCUGCUCUACUCUUCUCUGUUCCUGCUGCAAAGCAACUGUCUCCUUUCUCUCCUCUCUCCUGUCCCUUCUCCCCAAGUAUAAUAUCUGCUGUUCUUCUUCUUACUUCAGUAGACUUUGCUGCUCUCGUUACUCUCUUCUUAAUCUUUUAUUCACGCUUCCCGCCUCCUUGUAUCUGGCUGCACGCCCACAGCAGCAACGGAGACACUACAGCAGCAACAGCAGCAGCUGCUGCUGCAGCAGCAGCGGGAGCGCCACAGGGAAGAGGAAGAGCAGCAAAAACCAUGCAGCGGAGAUACCGCAAACGGCUGCAGCAGCAACAGCAACAGCAAGAGCAGCAGCAACCGCUACAACGAUAUAGGCAAGGGAAGCAGCAGCAGCUGCAGCAGCAGCAAGAAGAGAUCCAAACUGCUCAGCAGUAUAGUGGGUUGCAGAUGGAAGCAAAGGAGAGACAGGAAGAACAGCUGCAGCAGCGUCUGCGGGACAGAAACGGACUGCAGCAGCAGCAGCAGCAGCAACAGCAGCUUCUGCUGCUGCUGCAGCAUGGCGCCUCCUUCCCUUCUGCGCGUCUCCUUAAAGCCUCUCUCUCUUCCCGAAUGACUCCGAAGGAGACAGAAGAGAUGCUGCUGCAGCAUGCAGCACCAGCAGAAGCAGCAGCAGCAGCAGCAGCAGCAGAGGAAGAAGAGGAUUUGUUUCUUGACUCAGAUCCUUUGCUGCUGUACGAAGCAGCAGAACAGAAACGACAACUGUCUCCUUCAGCAGCAGCAGAAGGAAUGGAUAUGUCUCUAAAAAGCAGCAACAGCAUCUGGAUGUCUCCUUCUUUCGCUCAAGAGACAGCAGCAGUAGGAUCAGCAGCAGCACUAUCAGCAGCAGCAGCAGCAGGAAAGGAGACAGCAGUCUGCAGCACAGAAGGACACGCCGAAGCAGGUCUUGUCUUUAUUUGGACAGGAGUUUGUAUGGUGCAUGCAGCAAUGUUAUAUCAGUGGGGCAACAUAUUUAAGCGCGGGAGGAUAAGAAACUUUGUGCUGCUUCCUUUGUCGCUGCUGCUGCUGCUCUUCUUCAUUAUUAUUUUGCUGCUGCCACCCAACCCCUUCUCUUGUGUCUUCAAUGUAAACUGCACAGCGGAAGCAGAACAAAGCCUCAAGAGCAGCAAGGCUGCUCCUUUGCUGCAUUUGAUUGCAGCAGAUUCAGCAGCAAGCACCCUCUACGACGCUGCUGCUGCUGCUACAGGACCAGCAGCAGCAGCAGCAGCACCAGCAGCAGCAACAAGAACACCUCGAUUUCCUAUUUUCCCUGUUGCAGCAGAUUAUGCUGCAGCAGCAGAAGAGCAGCAGCAAACGAAUCGAGACCUGCUGCUGCAGGGGGCGAAGCAGAUAAAGGAGACAGCAGCAAACAGCAGCCACGCUUGGAGUCAAGAAGAAGGAGACACAUGGAGCUCUGCUGGAGAUGCUGCAGAAGCAGCAGCAGCAGCAGCUGCUGCUGCUGCUGCCGCAGAGGCUGCAGCAGCAGAAGCAGGAGCUGGUGCACUACAAGCAGCAGUUGGAACAGUAGCAGCUGCAGCUGGAGCUGCAGCAGCUGCGGCUGCAGUUGCAGCAGCAGUAGCAGUUGGAGCUGCAGCGGCCGCGGCUGCAGCAAAAGUAGCAGCAGCAGCAAAAGUAGCAGCAGCAACAGCAGUAGCAGCUGCAGCAGCAGUAGCAGCUGCAGCAGCAGUAGCAGCUGCAGCAGCAGUAGCAGCUGCAGCAGAUGUAGCAAUGGAAGCAGAAGCAGCAGCUGAAGCUGCUGCAGCACGAGUUGGCUUUGCUGCAGCUGCUGCAGCUUAUUGGAGCGACAGCAACAGCAGCAGCAAACAUCUGCAGCUUCAAAUCUUUUACUUCCCUUUGCCUCGCGGGAGGCUCCUCGCCUCUCAUCAUGCCGCACCUAGCUAG